GGUUUGGAGGUUCAUUGUGUUGUUUUGAAAAAUGGGUUUUGUGUUAAUUUGUAUGUUGGGACUUCUUUGGUUGAAAUGUUUGUGAGAAGUUUGGUUUCUUGGACUGCUGUUAUUGUUGGGUUUGCUAGGUGUGGGGAUAUGAGUGAGGCCAGGAAGCUUUUUGAUGUUAUGCCUGAUAGAGAUAUUGUUGCUUCUAAUGUUAUGAUUGAUGGGUAUGUGAAAAUGGGGUGUAUGGAUUUGGCGAGGGAUUUGUUUGAUAAGAUGAAGGAUAAGAAUGUUAUUUCUUGGACUAGUAUGGUUCAUGGUUAUUGUGAGGAUGAUGAUGUUGUGGCGGCUAGGGUUAUGUUUGAUUGUAUGCCUGUCAAGAAUGUGCUUAGUUGGAAUGCGAUGAUUAGGGGAUAUUGUGAGAAUAGACGACCGCACGAUGCGUUGAAGUUGUUUUGGGAAAUGAGGGGACGUUUGGAUGUGGAAAUGAAUAAAGUGACGGUUGUGAGUGUUCUUCCUGCUGUUGCUGAUUUGAGUUCUUUGGAUUUGGGUGUUUGGAUUCAUGGGUUUGUGCAAAGGAACCGACUUGAUGAAGAUGUUCAUGUGUAUGCUUUGGUUGAUAUGUAUGCAAAAUGUGGGGAAAUUGGAAAAGCUAAAUUGCUUUUUGAGGAGAUGAAUGAAAAAGAUACAUCGUCGUGGAAUGCUUUGAUAAAUGGUUAUGGUGUCAAUGGUUGUGCGAAGGAAGCGUUAGAAGUAUUCGCAGCAAUGUUACGGGAAGGAUUUGAACCGAAUGAGAUAACAAUGACUAGUGUGUUAUCUGCUUGCAACCAUUGUGGUUUGGUAGAGGAAGGAAGAAGAUGCUUCAAAGAAAUGGAGAUAUUUGGAAUUGUGCCUCAGAUUGAGCAUUAUGGUUGUAUGAUUGACCUUCUAGGAAGGGUUGGAUACUUGGAUGAGGCUGAAAAU